UGAGUUUCUGUUUUAAAUAAAACUUAUUACGCACACAUCCUGUUUUAAAUUUAUAAGUUUUGCAAUGUUCUGCGCGCCAUCCUGCCGUCAACCGUUCAGUAGAACGUUGCGUCUGCUGAGCUGCCAUGAGGAAACAGAGCCCACACUAAGGUGCAGACGACUCAAUCUACACUGGCAGUCGGAGGAAAGGCGUUGGUGUCUGCACAAUGGGAGCGCAUUAAGAGAGCUGGCCACUAUAGUGAUGAAGCCAUUGCACAAAGUGUGCCGCUUCCUUUACUCGCUUACUAUGAAGAAGUUUGGCCAAAUUCUUAAUCCGAAAUGCUCCCAGUGGAACUGGUGCCGGAUACCUUUCAUCCGACCUGAUACGUGUGCACUCUAUGAUGGAAUUUUCGAUGCUGAUGGUAAUCUGCGCAAUCCCUUGCAUCCGUAUAUUCUUCAUUUAUUGGUAACGAUUCUAUACUACUUUCUGAAUUUGCCGUGCGGGGAAGCUAUAAAGCCUCAUAGACGGUCUGAGACUGAAAUUUUUGACCGCCGCGGGGAAACGUGCAAGGACUUUUUUAAAGGAGGCAGUAUGACAGCGGACCAAGCAGCGGGCUUCAAUCAGUUCAUGGCUGCAUCAACGUUUGGCUCUGCAUUUAAUGGAGGUGAUUCUAAAGGGGAUAGAGAUGGCAGAGAUGGCAAAGAUGGCCGAGACGGCCGAGUCGCCAGAGGUAGCAGAUCUGGCGACAGUGAUAUCGGUGUCAACGAUGGCAAAGGUGACAUAGAUGGCGAAGAUGGCAGCGGCAGCAAAGAUGGCAAAGAUGGCAAAGGUGGUAAAGAUGGCAAAGGUGCCAAAGGUGGCAAAGGUGGCAAAGAUGGUAAAGGUGGCAAAGGUGGUAUCGGUGGCAAAGAUGGCAAAGGGGGCACAGAUGGCAAAGGUGGCAAAAGGGGGGAUGAGUACGGUAAUGACGGAGGUCGACGUCGGAUUAGGCAAAGCAUCAACGAAAUUUCAAAUUUGUACUCAAAAGUUGUAGAGAACAAAUACGCUGGCCAACUGAUGUUUAGGGACAAGAAGGCCAAAAAACCCACGGGCCGUCGUUACAACGAAAAUCGCCGAAUCAUGGGUGUGAUGCUACCCGUGUUGAUGCAUGAACCGUUUGAUGAUACGAAACCGUGGACUUGGAUCCGCCGGCAUCCUGAACAGAUCCGCGUGCUCGAGGGAACAACAUUAGGGCACUCCAAGGUGCAUCGAUAUAGGCGUGACACUCUUGAGCUGCAGUUCCAAAAAGCAAAAGGGCGCUACUCGAUGCAUUCCUUAUAUUCGGCCGGAAAAAGUACGUCAGUUACCUCUGAGAAUUACUUUGGUAAAGGCUAUGGCAAUAAGAGUGGCAUGCCAAUGGUCAAAGCCUUUGACUACAGUCGGAUAAAUGAUAAGGCGGACGCCAAUACGUCAAGUUUACUGACUCGUCCAAAGACGCAAAAAAAAACCAAGAAAUAGAGAUCAAGCCCGAGUCCCUUUCCAUAGGCAACAGUUGAAAAGAGAGGAAUACAACCGUCUCGAU